AGAAGGAGCGACGGCGGUGGUUGCCGCCGCUGUAGUUGAUCGGAGGGAAGCCGAGGCCCGGCCGGCGCGAAGGGAGCCGGCAAGAUGUUUUACUCGGGGCUGCUGACCGAUAGGAAGGACAUGGACGUGAGGGAAGCCGCAGCCCUCCGACAGCAGAGGAGGAUGAAGCAGGCCGUUCAGUUCAACCACAAGGACUCCGCCGACCUGCUGCCCUUGGACGGGCUGAAAAAACUGGGAACUUCCAAAGAUACUCAACCACACAACAUUUUGCAGAGACGCCUCAUGGAAACAAAUAUGUCACGAUUGCGGCACAGCCGAGGGACGUGCUCUCAGAAAAACGAUCCCUCAGCUCAGACAAAUAAACUGAAUCAAAUGAAACUGGACAGUCCCCCCAAGACAGAGGAAGAGGACCUCAUUGUCAUCUGCUGUCAGUGUAAUGGGAAGGAAUUGCAAAUUGUGGUUGAUACUGGAUGCCAACGCAAUAUAAUUUCUUCUGCGUGUCUGGAGAGAUUAGGGCUAAAAGAGCAUAUGAAAACCUGCAAAGCAGAAGGUGAGAAGAUUUCAUUGCCACAUAAUAUGAAAGCGAUUGGUCAUCUGGAACAUCUGCCUCUUAUAAUGGGGACUGUCCAUGUAGAUUGUUCUGCAGUUGUUGUGGCUGAAGGUAAUGAGAAAAGCUGCUCCCUGGGAUUACAAACACUGAAAUAUUUGAAGUGUGUGAUAAACUUGGAGAAACAAAAUCUGAUCCUGGGGAAAACAGACAAGGAAGAAAUUCCUUUUGUCAAUAAUGCUUCUAUUCAUGAAGAGAACACCGCUGAGGCAUGAAGAGAAUAUAAUGCUGACUUUGGAGAAAGAGAAAUACUGUCUGGUUGAAUAAGAAGAUGUCAAUACCAAUAAUUUCAAACUGCUAGACUACAGCUAGACUGUAGCUAAAUGAAACAACAUAUAUUUUUCAGGAGUUUAGGACAGAAUCAGACUUUCACUUAUCAUAUUGAAAAUCUGGGUUAUGAUCGGUAAAUGGACAUUUAAGUCCAGUUUUAGAAAUGUUGUUCUCGGUAUAGCCAUCCAAGUAUGAAAAUAUUUAUUUUUCCAGACUCUACUGAAAUCUAAUUUUUGUUACAAAUUUUUGCUUCCUGCAAAAUUGGGGUUGGGGAGAAGACAAUUUUGUAACUUUCUUUUUGGAACCAGUUAUGUUUAGCUGCUAUGAAUAGUUUCUAUUAAUCAGCUUUACAGAGCAUACUUUUCAGUGGUUAACAGUGAAUUGUUUAACAUCAUUCUCUCAUCUGAGUAAUUCAAGCAAGUUGUGGAGGAUUUUUUUUAAUUCAAAGGAAUAUAGUUUGGAUAAUUGAUGGUAAUAAUACAAUUUGAUCUAAGGUUCUUAUUGAAUAGCAUUUUAAUUAUGGACAUUGUUCUUUGGGUGGAAAUGGAAAGAGGCACCAUUUUCACCAAUUUGCCUCGCCUCUUCUAAAUCCCAAAGAAUUGGUAGGCUUUCAAGACUAGUAUAUAAUUGAAAGGAGAAAGUGGGCCUUCAGGGAAGUAGGAAAAUCACGUCCCUUCACGUCCCUAAUUUCUUCUAGUAGCAGAUUCAGAUUUCUUCCCACAAAUGAAAAGAACCCUUCUAUUCUUAGAAGGAUUACUUUGUCUUUAGUCCUGUGUAUUUUUCAAAUGUAUGUAUUUCUCAGAAUUUUCAGAACUUUCCUUCCAAAUGAAAUGUUGAUGUUAACAGAAAGAAGUUGGAAGCCAAAUUUUAUUUUUUUAAAUCACAAUACAGCCUUGAAGAGAAUUUCAGUAUCUGCUAGUUUUAAUGCUAAUAUUUACUAUAUGAAUAUAAUCAUACAUAAAUUUGGCUGCAUGGCAAUGUAUCAUUAAAUUUGAGAACUCAAUUAGUCCCUUUUUUGCUUGCCUAGAUUUAAAUAUGGAUGUAUCAUUUUAAUGGCAAGAUACCUCAUCAUCUUAUCCAUCAUGAUUGUCCAUUUACUGCUAGUAAUGUAUUUUUUUCUGACACACUGACAUACUCAUACUUGCCAAAGAAUCUAAAAGUGUGUUUUAAGGCUGAUCCAGUCUCCUUGUUCAGAAUCUGUUUGAGCAUAGAUCAUAGCAAGAUAAAUAUGUGUAUGUAUUAAAUGUCACAGGAAAGAGUCUUUCUAGGACAACAUAUUCAUUGUCUCUGUUUUUAGCCAUACUUUCUUUGGGCUUCUCACUAAUGGGUGACUACUAGAUUCUCAAUAAUAUCAACAAUUACCAAACAGUGUUAACCAUUUAAUAAUAUAUUCAGUUCUCUUUCUAACUUUCUCUUCGUAAUUUAAAAUUUCCAAGAAGGCUGUAAUAUAUAUGUAUGUGUGUGUGUGUGUGUGUGUGUGUAUGCAUGUAUGUACAUUUCCAAAGUGACAUUUUCUUGUGUUUUGCUUUUGAAACAUCUAAUUAACUGUGAAUUAGAAUAAGUCUAUUGAGACUUUGCACACAGGAUGUUCACUUUCCAUUCAUCUUAGGAUUCCACUACAAAUGAGGUGGUCUGCAAAUUGGAGUAUGCUGCAGCAAUCAUAAAACUGUGGCAACCUGCACAUAGAAAUGCAUAGAGCUACUUAAUUACCUUCACACUAUUAUGACAAGAUGCAAGAUUAUCCUAAGAAUAUUUCUUGCUUGCGCACCAACUCAUGCAAACAAAGGUAUCAAGCAAUGUAUAUUGGGCAGCUGUUUUAACAUACAUUCACUAUUUAAGAAUAUUGGGAGCUGUUCUGUAGAUAAUCUUUCAUCACUAUUACUCUUCAAUCAAGAUAUUUCUCCUGAGCUUCUGUUCUUAGUACAGCUAAAGCCAUUAUAGCAAGAUUGAGUUGCUAUGAUUACUAGCCUUGAAUUCUAUGGGCCAUAUAGUUAGCAUCACAGAUAUGCUUCUAAUUAUAAUAUAUUAAAUGUUUUGCUGGAAAGGGGCUUCAGUAGAGUUGUGUGUGUGUCUCUAUGUGUGUCUGUGCCAAUAUCAAUAUAAUGGGAUGCAAAAACAGUUUAAAAUACAUUGCAUCCUUAUUAACUUAUUAAAUAAGGAUUUGUAUUGAAUAUGUAUUUACAUUGUUAAGAACUAUCAUUAAACCAAUGAAAGCACUGGAAGCUAUUUCUAAUGAAUGAUAGCCAACAUUUUUGGAGUCAGGUCCCUUUUUUAUAAUUUGAUUUAUUCAGUCUAUAUUUGAAGAGAAUAUGCUACAGUAUAGCUAAAAUGCAUCUACGUCUGGACCACCAAGUCCGUGUUUUAAUAAGAUAUAGUUUAGCUUCCGGCAAUUGGAUUGGCAACAUCUGUUCAGCAUUGUCUAUCACAUUAUUGACAAAGUACAAGUGCUUGGAAAUAUUUUUUUGUGUGUCUGUCAUUACUCUGGUUAGUAUUUAUAAUAUUUGUAUAUAUUUUUAAAAAAGAAAAAUUCUGUGUUUGCAAGAUGGACUGCACUAUGUAUA